AUGAGUCGUUUUGCUUUGAUUAAAAGACAUGCCAUUGAAUGUCUUCCUCCGCUGGAUAUGUCUCAGCCAACGCCGAGUCAAGAGAUAAUUGCUAAAGAUAUUCAUGGUCAAGAAUGGAAAUUUAAACAUACUUUAAGAGGUAACCACAAAUUUUUAUUCAUAUCAUUACGAGUAUUGAUUACUUAUAUUUAUUUUCUUACAAAAAAUCAAUUAGGUACACCACAAAAACAUCUUUUCACAUCUGGUUGGAAUGAGUUCGUAAAAGAAAAAGAUUUGAUAGCUGGAGAUUCUUUUGUUUUCCUUCGGUAUAUAUAUUUUUUUUCAGUUUACUUCUAUUUUUUUCUUGGAUUUUGGAUUUUUACUAUUUUUUAUCAUAGAGGAGAGAAUGGGGAAUCGCGAGUUGGAAUCCAAAAAAUAGCUUAUCAUCAACAACGCAACAAACUUUCAAAAGAGAGUAUGCACCAUGGUGUUGUUGUUACUGCAUCGAAUGCUAUUAAAAACAAAUCUAUGUUCGUUGUGUUCUAUAAACCAAGGUCAAGCCAAUUCCUUGUCAACUUCGAUAAAGUUUUUGAUGGAGUGAAUAAGAAAUUCAGUAUAGGCUCCAGGUUUUCGAUGAAGUUCGAAGGAAGUGACUUUAAUGAAAUAAGAUACCGUGGAACAAUAAUAGGAGUGAGCGAUUUCUCCACUCAUUGGAAGGAUUCAGAAUGGCGAAGUCUAGAAGUUCAUUGGGAUAAACAUGCAACAAUUCCAAGACCUGAUAAGGUAUCUCCAUGGGAAAUUGAGCUUUCAACACAUUCAUCAAACCUUCUCGAAUCAGAUUUAGUGAAAAAUAAACGUCAAAACGAAGUAUAUGAGUUUGGUUCAAAUAUGUCGGUUCCUACAUUGACCCAAGGUCAAGAAGUUGGAAAUUCAAGCGCACGAUCUUCAAUGAGCUGCUCAUUACCUACCAUGGCCGAACCAAACUACAAUGAGCAAAUGCUUCAAGCGGAAAAAGAAAUGUCAACCACCACCGGGGCUACUAGCUACCGACUGUUUGGAGUUGAUCUUACAAUUCCGGAGAAUACAAAGGAUCCCGUAAAACCAAUUAACUCACAUAAAAAACCAAAGAUUUCUAAACAUCUUUGA